CUCGGCGACCGGCACCCGAGCACGCUCGGCUCGAUCAACAACCUCGGCGGGCUGCUGCACGCCAAGGGCGACCUGGACGGCGCGGAGGCGCUGUACCGCGAGGCGCUGCAGGCGAAGCGAGAGACCCUCGGCGACCGGCACCCGGACACGCUCAUCUCGAUCAGCAACCUCGGUCGGCUGCUGAAGCACCAGGGCGACCUGGACGGCGCGGAGGCGCUGUACCGCGAGGCGCUGGAGGGGCAGCGAGAGACGUUCGGCGACCGUCACCCGAACACGCUCACCUCGAUCAAC